AUGUCUAAAACAAGAUCUCAGAGAAGUCAGUCAAUUCCGGGAUCUGCUUCUGUAAAGGAUGAUAACAUAUUAUGUUGUGUAUGUGAUGCGGUGGUUCAAAUCGAGCCUUCGGACUUAUAUGAUGAAUUGGUGAAAUAUGCUAGCAAAAGUAAAAACAUGAAAUUUUAUUGUGAUAAUUGCGUGAAACAUGCUGAUGGUUUUAAAGGUCUUUUGCAGAUGCUUAACGAAAAAUUUGAAUCCAUUGAUUCUAGUCUUAAAACGUUUGAUUCCAUUGAUAUUGGGAUGAAAAAUCUGCAGUUGAGGCUUGAGUCAAGCGGUGAGAACCUAAAACAGUUAGAAAAACUAGACGAGAAACUUAGCCAGUCUAUUAAUUUCUUGAAAAACGAUAUCACCAAGUUUUGGUCAGACGUGGUAAAGAGUAAUUCUAAAAUUGUCGAUAACGAGGCUGCUACUUUGAGAAAUAUGAUCAGUACUUCAUUUUUCGAUGUGGUAAAAAAGGACCUCGACGUAGUUAGUAAAGAGGUCAUCUCUGUUCGCAGAACAAUUGAAGUGGCAAAUGAAGUUAAGGCCCGUGAGAACAACAUAGUUCUCUUUAAUUUCAGCGAAGACUUGGAUGUUGCUAAAGAUAGGGGUAAUGUUCUUGGCUUUUUAAGGUCCUUAACAGACGAGUCUCUGAAAGAUGAGGACAUAUUGAAAAUAUUCAGACAAGGUAAAAAGCCAAGCGUAUCGUCUCCCCCGCGUCCAGUGAUUGUUAUGUUUAUCAACCUUUCUGCAAAAGUCCUGGUUAUGAGAAGAUUGUUCAGAUUAGCGCUGCUGGAUGAAAAAAUGAGGGAAAGGUGUGGUCGGGCAAUGGAGAAUAGUGAGAUAUCCAAGGCCUGCUACCAAACCGGAUUAAAUUUGGGAUUGCUUAAUAUUAGAUUCAUUCGGUCAAAAUAUGAUAUAAUUCAUGAUUUGUUAUCAAAUGAUUUAGAUAUAUGUGUACUGACCGAAACAUGGCAUGGAUCAUCUGAUGAUAUUUCUGUGAAAUUGGCUAUGCCUUAUGGCUUCUCAUUUAUGGAUUAUUUGCGCCCACACGACCCUAAUCAUGGAGAAAUAAUUGUAUAUUUUAAGAAUGUUUUCAAGGUUAAAAAAUAG